AUGGGAAUGGGCACAAGCAAUUUCGUUAUCAGAUGGGUCAAUCUUCUUACAAUGCUAUUGGCUGUGGCAGUGAUAAUGUUUGGGGUGUGGAUGAGUACACACAAUGACGGAUGCAGAAGGUCACUUACAUUUCCAGUCUUAGCUCUUGGUGGUUUCAUCUUCUUGAUAUCCAUAAUCGGGUUUCUUGGUGCGUGCAAGAGAAGUGUGGCGCUUCUUUGGAUUUAUCUUGUCGUGCUCCUGAUCGUUUUGAUCGCGAUUCUCGUCUUUACCGUAUUAGCGUUUAUUGUAACAAACAACGGGUCCGGGCAUACUAACCCUGGUUUAAGGUACAAGGAGUAUAAGCUGAAUGAUUACAGCUCAUGGUUUCUAAAAGAGCUUAACAACACCAACAACUGGAAAAGACUAAAGAGCUGUCUUGUUAAAUCCGAGCAAUGUAGGAAGCUUUCCACGAAAUACAAGACCAUCAAGAAGUUGAAAUCUGCAGAAUUAACUCCGAUAGAAGCUGGAUGUUGUCGACCACCAUCUGAGUAUAUACAUGUCUCUUCUUGUGAUUUGAUAGAUGUGUGGUUAUCCUGCGGUGAAUGCUUCAUACUACGACUUGAGCUUUCAUUCAAUAAGUUCGAACAAAGAUUAGCUGGAGUAGCUCAGUACAUGAAAACCGAGUGGAGACUUGUUGCGAUCUUCAACGUGGUUCUGUUCGUUGUCUUGUCGAUGGUUUACUUUGUCGGGUGCUGCGCGAGAAGGAAUGCUGCUAGUUACCGAACCAAAGCUUAG